AUGGAAUCCAAGUCAGGCGACGAUCCCUAUAAGAGCCGGGACGCAUUCCCUUCUGCUGAGCCUGUCAAAUCGGUCACGCAAUCCAAUAUUGAUGCCGGCGACCUCACAACUUUUGGCCAUGAACAGGAGCUCUCCCGCAAGUUCAAUGCGAUCGCUAUGUUCGCUCUGGCCUUCACGGUCCUAGGCACCUGGUCUACCUUCGCUCAAGGCCUCAGCAGCGGGCUUACAAAUGGCGGGCCCGUCUCCAUUCUUUGGGGUCUCAUGCUUGUCGGUGUCUGCAAUAUUUGCGUCGCCCUGUCUAUGGGUGAGCUCGUCUCGAGCUUCCCAACCACUCUAGGCCAAGCAUACUGGGUAUUUAUUCUGUGGCAGGGCAAAGCCGGGCGGGCUUGCAGCUACUUCUGUGCCUGGGUGAACACUUUUGGCUGGUGGUGUCUAUCCGCUAGUCAAAUCGCUUUCAUGACCGAUUUUUUACUUGCCAUGAAAACGAUGUUCGACCCCGAAUGGGACGGCGCUUCCAAAGGUUGGGUCAAAUUCUUGAUAUACGUCGGUAUAACCUUCACUUUCACUCUACUCAAUGCUGUGGCCUGCAGAAAGGACAAGAUCUUGCCUCUCUUCAAUGACUUUGUCGGCCUGACCUUCACUACUCUUUUCGUGGUGUGCAUCCUCGCACUCCUGAUCGCCACGGGUGUCAAACCCAAUCUCAGUUUUCAGGAUGCCUCGGCCGUUUUCGGGAAAUGGAUCAACCAGACUGGUUGGCCAGACGGCGUGGUUUGGUUUACAGGCCUUGUCCAGGCAGCGUACGGCUUGACAGCUUUCGAUAGCAUCAUUCAUUUCUGUGACGAGAUGAAAGAUCCGCGACGAACAGCACCAAAGAUUAUCUGGCUUUCUGUUGCCUCGGGCUGGGUCUCAGGCUGGAUAUUUAUGCUGGUCUGCUUGUUCUGUAUUCAAGACUGGACUGCAUUGGCCGAGUCUGAGGACAUUCCCUUUGUUCCCAUUGUCACAGGCACCCUUGGACUCACUGGCGGUGCCGUUCUGAUUGCCAUCUUCAUCUUCAACGGCCUGUGUCAGGGUGCAAGCAUCGUCACAACAGGCUCACGCUUGACUUGGGGGUUUGCACGUGACGGUGGACUCCCUUUCAGCAACUACCUCAUGCGUGUCAAUCCUUACUGGAAAGCCCCGGUUCGCGCCAUCUGGGCCCAAGGCGUUAUUAUAGGCCUUGUCGGCGUUCUCUACCUCUUCUCCGACGCCACUCUCCAGGCCAUUCUGAGCGUCAGCACUAUUGCCCUCACCAUUUCCUACGCUAUGCCUAUCGUCACCUUGCUUGCAGUUGGGCGACAUCGUCUGGCCCCUGCCCCUUUCCGGCUAGGUCGCGCAGGCCCUACUAUAAAUGUGAUCAGCAUCGUUUAUUGUGUGAUUACUACCGUCAUGUUCUUCUUCCCCGGCUCCCCAAACCCGUCUGUCGCCGACAUGAACUACGCAAUUGCAGUGUUCGGGGUCAUGGUUAUCAUAUCCACUGUGUUCUGGUUCGUGCGUGGCAGCAAGCGCUACCUAGUAUCAGAUGCAGUUAUGAUUGGUGUUCAAAAGUUGGAGCAGCAGUUGAAGGGGAAUGAGCCCGAGCCAGUUCUCGAGACUCCGAAAUCGGCAAAGAACCGGAAAAGUCGCGACUCUACUCAGUAA